AUGAAAGGCCGCGAACUUGGUUCGCACUCUCCUGAGCCAGCAAAUAAAAGACGACGCAUUUCCACCUCCCCAGUGCGGGGUGGUUCUAUCGAAGAAAUGGCUCGCGAUCACCCCACCAUUCACCUCACCCCCAUCGAAAGCACCUUACAAACCCUCCUCCUCGAUGUCGCGAGAUACAUUGAUGAGAAGGCAUCUAGCGAUGGAACUAGUGAUAUAGCCCAUCGCACUCAGACUGUCCUACGGUUCACAGGCGGCUGGGUUAGGGACAAAUUACUUGGGGUGGGAAGCCAUGACAUUGACAUCGGCAUCAGCAACAUGACUGGGUACCAAUUCGGUAUGUUGUUGAAGGAUUACCUGGACAACCCUCAAAAUCUCGAGAAAUACAAAAAGAGUUUCCCAAGUGGGGAAAUGGAUGAUGCAUUUGUGAGCCUACACAAAAUCGAAGCCAAUCCAGAAAAGUCGAAACAUUUGGAGACCGUAACAACCAAGAUCUUUGGUCUGGACAUUGAUCUCGUCAAUCUGCGCAAAGAGACAUACACGGACGACAGUCGAAACCCACAGAUGGAGUUCGGAACUGCGACAGAAGAUGCGCUACGACGAGAUGCUACCAUCAAUGCUCUUUUCUACAAUCUUAACGAAUCGAAGCUCGAGGAUCUUACAGAACAAGGGCUGGAUGAUAUGCAGAGGCGCCUGGUUCGCACUCCACUGGAACCUUAUCAGACAUUCAAAGAUGACCCGCUUCGCGUACUUCGUUUGAUCCGAUUCGCCAGCAGACUGGGAUAUUCCAUCGACCCUAACGCUGAGAGCGCGAUGCAAAAUGAAGAUAUCAAAGCUGCUCUCAAACUGAAAAUCAGCAAGGAGCGCGUCCUGGCUGAGGUGGAGAAGAUGCUCAAAGGUCCGGACCCUAGAGGCGCUUUGGAGUUCAUCGACAGACUCAAUCUUUACCCAACCAUUUUCGCCAACCACCAAGACGAGGUAACCACUGAUACAUUGACCUGGCCUCUUGCGUAUAACACGCUAGAAAAGUUAUUGGACCCUGAGUCCGAACCGGCAGUGAAUGACUUGCGCAAGCGACUGAUAGACGAUGAAAGUAAUAUCUACUAUGCCUGGAUGAUCGCUGCUUUUGCCCCAUGGUCAUCUAUACCGCCUAGAGCUGCGUCUGUUCCUAAUCAUAAACCACUUCCAACUCGCGUCGUCGAGGUUGGUCGAGACAGCUUUCGCGCUGAUAACAAAACCCUCCACAUCCUCCGUGAUGCAAGCUGGCAUUAUAUGGACAUCACUGCUCAGAAAUCCGCUUUGUGCGAUAACACUCUCCGUGGUAGCCCGGCCGAAAUCCGACAGCAAAUGGGACUGCGUAUUCGCAAAUGGGGCAAGGAAUGGAAACUGUGUGUGGUCUUGGCCAUUCUUCAAGAAGUCAUGCAGGGACGUGACUUCAGCAGGGUGGUUCCGGAGUAUAAUCACUUUAUCUCAUACCUUGUAGACAAGGAUCUGAUGGACGUAAAUUAUCUCGUGCCUGUUGUUAAUGGUGGGGAUAUUAUGCAGCACCUAGGCGCCAAAAAGGGACCGUGGAUGUCUAGGGCGACCACAAUGGUAGUAGAAUGGCAACUCCUAAAUCCCGAUACAGAUAAGAACGCGACUCUCGAUCAGAUCUCGCGGCGUCGUGGGGAGUUGGGGUUGUGA